GAGGGACCCACCUAGUUAGCUCCCGCAAGCAAUACAUACAAUGUCAGUUAAAUUAAAUCAAUUGGUUGACUCAUUAGUCAAAACCUCGCCACCAGGUGAAUUGCCUCAAAUCAACAACAGUCUUUCUGCUUUGACUCAUGAAAGUAUUGACCAAGCUCUUGAGAAGUACAUUAAUGAAAACAGCAGUGUGUUUUCGGGAUAUAUUGCCAGUCAAUAUAAUAAAGACGCCAAUUCUUCGAAAUAUAUUGAUUAUGUCUCCAAGAAGAUGUUUAACAUUGACACCAAAAGCUUUAAGGCUAUUGAUAUAGAGCUGUACACUGCACACGCCGACUAUCCUUCAUAUUUUGAUGAAUUGGUCAAAAAAUUGGAAACAUAUGGGGAGGAUCACUACCCUCAGUUUGCGUUCACGGUUAUCCCUGGUGAUGUUGUCCGUGUCAUUAUCAUUGGACGCAGAUUGAAUCCUGAUAAUUUCUACACCGGUCAAUGGAAGAGUGAGUACGCCAUUCAAAAUGGACAAAUCUCAGGAACGGUCAAUUUAGAUAUACAUUACUAUGAAGAUGGGAAUGUCAGAUUGAAGUUGGAUGAAAAGUUGGACGGUGAAUCAGUCGGUGGUAGUGCCAGCGAUAUUGUCAAUUUCAUUAGUAAUUCCGAAACUAAAGUCACCUUGAAGAUCAUUGACCAAUUCAACGACCUUAACCAACAACAAUUCAAGAACUUGAGAAGAUUAUUGCCCAUCACUCGAUCCAAGAUCAACUGGGGGAAUGCCAUUGGUAACUAUAGAUUGGGUUCUGAUGUAGUUAACAAGAAGUAGUAGUAGUAGUUAGUAUAUUUUUGCCUAUCUAAAUUUAUAUAACAUCCAGAUUAUAAAGAAUACAAGCAAGAUCAUCCCCACGAUUCUCGUCAAGCUUGCGUUUCUAUUCAUGACAGUACGUAAUUCUCCACUAGUUCGUUUAACCAGAACCAUUAACAGACUGAAGUUGUCACUUAAUGAGUCCAAGAUUGAGUUUUCUUGCUGUAUGGAGCCAUGGAUGUCGUUAUUUACUGUGGUUCUAAAUUGAUGGAGGGUGUGUGCUAGCUGAUCAAAUCUUUGAUUGUUUUGGUCUUCUCGUGUUGAGUAUAAUGAAUCCGACAUUAUAUAUAUAUGACUAUAUUAGUUAUUAGUUGUGUAGUU